AUGGCGGAUUGGGGGCCAGUGGUGAUAGCAGUGGUGCUCUUUGUGUUGUUAACGCCAGGACUGUUGUUCCAGCUGCCUGGCAAGAACAGAGUGGUUGAAUUCAAUAACAUGCAGACAAGUGGUAUCUCCAUCUUGGUCCACACCAUCAUCUAUUUUGGCCUCAUCACUAUUUUCCUCAUUGCCAUAGGCGUUCAUAUCUACACUGGAUAGUUGUUUUGUUCUAUUCCUCUGUCUUUUUUUUUACAAGAAAAUCUCAUUUUGCCUUGAUCUGCUUGUGUGACUUUUGGUGAGUUAGAUCAUUUGUGUUGAAUUGAUUAUUGACAAGCUGCUGCUCUGAAACCUCACUACAAUUUUCACUUAUAAAUUUUCAUGAAAGUUUUUGUGUUAAUCUACCUCAUCAUUCUCAAGCUCCUAAGUUUGUGAUUUUGUAUCGUCUACAUCAUCAAUGGAGAAAAUUUUUCUUGCAGACAAUUGAGACUAUCUUCAUAAACUUCUUGUUGACUAAAAUUAUCAAAGAAAAUACUAGGAAGAUAACUUGUGAACAUAGUACUUGUAAGAUCUUCUAGAGGUUAAGGAAACAGUUAAUAUAAGGCUAUAAAGUCAUCUAUUGCUUCAAUUCUCACUCAAUUUUUGCAGUCAAUUCUUAAUUCUAAUUCUCAUUUAAGUCUUAAUACAUAUAACUAGAACAUGGUAUUUUAUAUUUGAAUUAGGAUCACUCACCCUUAAAUUCUUCCUGAUGGGAAUUCAACCCACAACUUAAAAAUAAGAAUAAGAUUUUUGCUACUACGAAAUUCUUUUUGUUUUCUUUGACAAAACUAUUACGAGAUUAAAAGUGUGAAUGUUACGAAGUUCAUGCAAGAUUCACAUAGCUAACAAGUCCAAAGGGCUGUUUGAGAAGAUGAAAUUCUCAUGACCAAAUAGCUGAGAUAACCACAUCAGUGUUGGAACUUAAAAAGGGAAAAAAAAAAA